UGCCCUGCCCCGGGCGCCGAGCCGGGAGGCCGGGAAUGUCCCGGCCCUGGCUCGUUGAGACGCGCUGUGCUGCGCCCGGCUGGCUGGUGUCUGCAGGCCCUGAAGCUCGCCGCGUUCCGAAAUGGCCGAGCCGUCGGACAAGGCCGUCAAGUACUACACCCUGGAGGAGAUCCAGAAGCACAACCACAGCAAGAGCACCUGGCUGAUCCUGCACCACAAGGUGUACGAUGUGACCAAAUUCCUGGAGGAGGUUGUCCUGGAAAAUACGAUAGACUCUGGGCGAUUUGCCUGUCCUCGGGGACCCUCAACAGGACCACAAGUUAAGGAGCUCCAUCCUGGUGGGGAAGAAGUUUUACGGGAACAAGCUGGUGGAGAUGCUACAGAAAACUUUGAGGAUGUCGGGCAUUCGUCGGAUGCUAGAGAACUCUCCAAAACAUAUAUCAUCGGAGAGCUGCAUCCAGAUGACAGAUCAAAGAUAUCCAAGCCUCCGGAAACUCUCAUUACCACGGUUGACUCAGAUUCGAGCUGGUGGACCAACUGGAUUAUCCCAGCCAUCUCUGCCCUGGCCGUGGCCCUGAUGUACCACUUCUACAUGGCGGAAGACUGACCACCUCCCUGGAGCCAGUGGAAGAAAGGACCGCUGUCGGCUGGGCAGAAAGAAGCCAGUGUCCAUUGUUUCAUUGGACAGAAACCUUCAUUUGAAAAGUAACUUUAACCCACCCGUUCCCCUUCCUCCUAGGUUAGAAACGAACCCAACCAAGAACCGCUCUGUCCUGCCCACUCUCGAACUCCCGCAGUGUGCCUUUCUCCUCACCCGCUCGCGUCCAGCAUCCCCUGGCGCCAUGAUCUACUUAUUGUGGGUGUGAUCUUUCAAAAAUACACCUGGCUUUUCAAAUACACCCCUCUGUGUGCCUGUCGAUUUGGGACGUAAUUGUCUGUAAUGUUUCAAAUCUCAGAUUGCUGAGCGAAGUCACGCAGGCGCACGUGGUCUGUGCGCGGUGAGGACCGGAUGGCCAGGUCCGCAGCUUGGUAUUGAGUGUUUCCCGUGUAGUUUCUUUCUCAAGAGAAAUUUAAAAAGGCCCUGGAAACGAUAGCAUAAAGAUUUCUAAAAAGUAUUCUACCUGAAAUAGAUCAUCAAAAGCACCUAUAGCACCCAGAAAGGAGACUGCUUCUCCUCUCUGAUUAAAAAACCCAGCAACAAACCCGUGAACCAUGAGAGGACACAGCUGUCCCUUCUCUUGGCUCCGCAAUGUCUUUCCCAAGUUUUCGGUUAUAUAGGUUCACUUAAAAAACUCCUCAUUCGGUGGUGAAAGCUGUUCAUGUGUUCUUGCAAGGAAGUGUCGCUUUCCUAAUCCAUAAACACACAGCCUUGACAGAUUGUGGGGCGCCUGGAGUCGUACUUGAAGGCUCUGAGCUGUGGGGACGAGCCCUGGGGGAUUCUGGACGGGUCACACAUCUUUGAUUAUCUUUGAUUAUUUUCCCGGCCCCGUGUCUUGUCCUUCAAAGCGGAAGCUGGGGAUGAAUCUAGACCUGAGUGUUGGCCUUACCCAGGACUGCAGGUUUCCCGGGCAUGUCAGCUGACUGCAGGUGGGGUUCUUCAGAAACCACCAGGGGAAAGGAAGUUUUGUAUUAUGCCAGAGUGUCCAUUUUUAUAACCCCUGACAUGUAUCGCCUUUGCCCGUUUUGUCACUGAAAAGUUAAAGCGACCGGGGGGUGGACGGGCACUGUAUCACGUGGGAAUUCCUUAAUCAGAUUUCAAUAAACGCAUAUCUGAACAAGAA